AUGCUCGGACACCUACCAGCCGCCGUCUUCUUAUUGUUAGCGACUGGCACGGAGGCGUUUUGGGUGAAGGCGCCCACACAGGCCGACUGCGAGCCCACAAUUAGGCUCUACGAGCGACUUUACCUACGCCACAACACUUUCGUGUGCUGCAAUUUUCCGCACUUUUGCACCUGGAGCCACGCCUCCGGUUCGGGCGGGAAUCGCGGCGAGGCGCUGAGGAACGCCAUGUGGAAGGCCGAGGCAGGCCACCUCUGUCGUCUGCUGGCUGCCUGCACCUUCAUCGAGAAGCCCCUCUGA